GUUUGUAUGAAUGGAAUGGAUUAAUUUAUAGCUGAUCUAAAGAAUGCUGCUCCAUUACCAUAAGAGAACAGUUGUAUUUUAGCUGUUGAAUUAAACGGUUGUAUUUUUAAAACUGAUCAAUCGUGUUCAUUAUUUAAAACGUAGUUAAAAAAAACUGAAAUUUUUUUGCAGAACAACAAAUAAAAUUAAAAACAAAAAAAUAUUAGAUAGGUAAAACAAUGAAUUCUUGGCAUUUACUAUCAACAAUUUUAGCCGUUUGUGCGGUAUCAGCUCUAGCAGCAGAGAAAAAUACACGUAUCGAGGCCAUUGCUUAUGUAUCGAGUCCCAAUAGCAAUCAAGUGAAUGGAAAUGUAACAUUCAUACAAAAUGCUUGUGGAGAAAAUGUCCAUGUUCGCGUUUUUAUAACCGGUUUAACUCCCGGAAAACAUGGUUUCCACGUUCAUGAGAAAGGAGACUUGACUAAUGGUUGCUUAAGCAUGGGUGGUCACUUUAAUCCUGACAAGAUGGAUCAUGGUGGUCCCAGUGAUGAAGUUCGUCAUGUUGGUGAUCUCGGUAAUAUUGAAGCGAAUGAAAAUGGUGUUGUCGAUACUACCUUUACAGAUCAUUUGAUUAGUUUAACCGGACCACGGACAAUUAUCGGACGUGGUCUAGUUAUACACGAUAAUGUUGAUGAUUUGGGUAAAACAACACAUCCUGAUUCGAAAAAGACUGGCAAUGCUGGCGGACGUGCUGCCUGUGGCGUUAUUGGUGUCAACCACAAUACUUCACCUAAUGCUGAUAUAUCAUGUUCUUCACCACCACAAUCAUCCCAAAAUCAACCAACAUUUUAUGUACCUCAUGACAAACCGCACGAUCAAGUUAUCUAUCCUCUAUUGUCUUCUGGCUAUCCAUAUCAUUAUCCUUAUCCACCUACAUACCAUUAUCCACAACCACAUCCCUAUUACUAUCGCUAAGUACCGGGAAAUGUUUUAAUUUCUUAAAGCACAUUGUCUAUUAGAUAUGUAACAGUUUUGAAAUCUAUAAUGAAAAUAUUAAAAUCCAUUUCUUACAGAUUUUUGGAACACACUGCGUCCUGUUCAGAUGAUAAUUAAAAUUUAUUAAUAUGUACUCUUAAACUAAAAUCCCUUUAAUUCCCAUAUCCUCAUCCUAACAUUAUUCUAAACAAUAUAAAUAUCUGUCAAAUCUGUCAAUGUCUUCAAUCGUUGUAGUGUUGUGUGUGUUAUCAAUAUUUCCUGUUUGAUUAAAAUAAAAAAAUUUACCAUAUUGCCAUCCCAUUUCUUGCAGAGUUGUUGAUGGCGUAUUACCUUGCACUGGUGG